AUGGUUCUGUUAGUUGCACCUUCAGCAUCAAACUAUACAUCCUCCUUAAAUGAGCAACAACCUCAUAAUUUACUGCAUCGGUUGUCAUCUGCUACUUCUAUCAUCCCAAAAGCCUCAGGAAACGAUAAGAGUGCAUUUAUGGACUCGGUACUUUUAUCUAAUCAUAACAUGAACAACUCUUCUGCCAUCAGCUGUCCACACGCAGCUAUCAAACUGGGGGCACAAUUGCAUCUGGAUGAGGCUGAAGCAGGAAUGGGUCCGGAGGAUGUCAGUUACUCGAGCAACUCAUCCAUGUACUCCAAUUCAUCGUCAAUUAUUGAUACCAGCUUAACUACAUCAUUGAUUAACGAACGUCGACGAGCGAUGCUUGAUCUUUCCAUCUCUAAAAUUCAGACGAUGAACGCUUCGAACGUUGCUGUAUCGCUGCGCAAGUCACUUCUCAUUUACAAUACAAUGAAAUCUCUGCAGCGAGAUCUUGAAACGUGCAAUGUUUUUGUGUGUGACAGUCUGAUAGAGAGAGGAAAUGAAGUAAGCGCUUCUGAUGUGGAUAUGUUGGAAGCUGAUGAAGUUGUACAAGGUGCUCAGGAAAAACAUCGUGAAGAUCUCAACUUUGAAGUGAUCAACACUGAUAUCACAUGCUGGGAUUAUGGAUGGCCUUGGGGAACAUUGAUAGAGACAACUGAUGAUACAUUGCAGGAUUCCAGUAAUUCUGAUGAAGAAAUGAAUAGCUUGACGAACAGUAAUGGGUUAUUUAAUUCCGGAAGUAUUUGGAGCAGCAGCUUGGAGUCAGCAGAUUCGUCUGCAUUUAUUGACGAUUAUUUGGGAAUGUUAGGUGCUUGGGAGGACGAAAAUUAUAAUCCUUUAACAAACUGCAAUCUCACUCAAGCAGAAAUCAUGAAUAUGUUCCGUUUGCCUGCAUAUCAUUUAAACAGUCAAGUGGUUUCUCAAGCAUGA